CCCGGUUAUUACAAUAUAUGUCAAUAAAUUGUUAAAACUUAAUCAUGAGAUUAAUGGCAAAUGGUUUCAAUAUUUGAGUGAAUUGUGGGAACUGUGGUCCAGAAGAUUGAAAUACAAGACCAAUAGAGUCACAACACAUGAUGUCUGGAAAGAUGAUGUCCACGACUCAGGAAUGUUACCAUUUCCUCAUGAGUGGCACUAUGAUAUGCCUUCACGACAAAAGCGAGGAUUUGUUGAUAUAUGGCGUGAAUUCAUCGAAACAAAGCAUUUAUAUUGCAAUCAAAUGGAGACCAAAAGGAGUCGACAAUCAAAUGAAUGCAACCAUUAGUUUGAGAUUUGAUGACAACAACAGUAAUAGCUAUACAUUAGAGGAG